AUUAUCGUUUUAAUCACUACUAUAUCACUGAUUACUUUCCACAAUAAUCAGUUAACGCAACAAAACACCACUUUCAGCUUUUCAGGUCUUUUGAAACGGAGUCUUUGGAGACUUGGAAUGCAAGUUUUUCUGUCUCUAAACCACACAAAAAGGUUUGGACUUUCUUCAUAGUGCAUAUUUGAGGUUUAUUUUUCGAUCCAUUCCGCCCACCUCUACUGGCGGGGCCUCUUCUCAAGAUGGCGGCCUGGCCUUGGUGGAAAAAGGAGUGGGAUACAUUUUUAUGACAACCGGCUUUUUAAAGAAGAAACCGAGGUCAAAAAGUAGACUAAAAGGAAUCGUUCCACUAUGGUAAUUUGCGGAACCCCCAAGAAAAUCUAUGAAAAGAAAAGGACCGUCAAAGUCAGGAAUAAUAACGCUAAUUGGCUAGCUAACUAGCCGCUAACUAGCCACCAGUCAUACUGGCAGGGGUCACGCACGCCAUGGCUCCUCACCAGCUGGCUGUCACCCUCCGGUCGGCGCCCUCCAUGAUCUCCCAGAAAGUGCAGUUAACUUACCAGCUGUUCUUGCUGGAAAAUGCCCGGAAUAAACUUGAACAAGACCUUCGCAACUUCACCAUCAAGGCCUAUAAAGAUGUCCAAGGUUACCUGAAUUCAUCUUGUCCCAGGAGCUUGUUCAGCGAUCUCUCAAAAGCUUUAGAUGUGAAAUGUCAAACAGUCGCAAAGCUUUCAGCUUCAUUAAAGGACCUCACAGCUGACCCGCAGGUUUGUCUUCUUCCUAAGGUUAAAAAUGGAGUCAGCGGAAAUCAGAUACAGCAGCUUGGCAUCAAAGAGAUUCAGAUUACAGAUGUUUUUAAGUUUGGGCCCAUGUUAAAGAACUCGCUGAUGGCGAGCUCAAUAGCAAAAGCAAUCCAGGUACUGGGAGCCACGGUGUCUCUUCAGCAGCUACAACGCUUCCUCACCUCGAAGCCUGCGGCAGGCUAUCAGGACAACAUGAUAUGCAGGCGUUCUUCAAGCCUCACCAGCACUGUUUUGACUUCAAGUUGUGAUUUUAAGGUUGAAGAAAAGCAGGUUGAUUUUGAGGAGAAGAGCCAAGUGGAUGCUGGGAUUUUUCCACCUGUCACUGAUGAGAGCCGUGACAGAAGUGCGGAGAGGCCUCAAAUACUUUUACCUCCCUUAAAAGCUGUUUUCCCCGAGCUCAGUAACCCAAAACCCAUGAACACCACACCACUAUUACACUGGGGAUGUGAAGAUGAUGUCAAGGUGCAACACCAAAAACAAACAUCCUCCCAGCUGCUGCACUUCCUCAGAGCAAAAGUUAAAAACAUGGGUUCACUGGAGGUCACGGCCAUGGAGUGGGCUAAACGUGCAUACAGUUCAGAUUUACAGCAGCCUGUGUCACCUACCAUUACACCACAAAAAGACCAGUUCAGUCACGUUGUCACCGAUCUGGUAGAAGUUCUUGCUCCAAAAACUUUGAAUGCAAAGUUUGAAACCCGAGCCCCAGUCUUCAGAGUGAAAAAAGCCGAGUCAAGUGGCUCUCUCAUCUAUAGUUGCGUGAUUGCAACACAAACUGAACUCUGGGAUAUUGGAGACAUCUUCGCAGAGGUAGUGGAGAGGGUCUCUGAUCCUGGUCCCUUGGGAAGUGAAGACUGCCAAAAUAUAACUACUCAGCCAGAGAUCGUGGGUGUGAAUAUCCACUGGAAACCCAAAAGUCCCAAGUGCGCAGAGCCUGAACGUGAUAACAGUUCUGAUGGCGCGAAAAUGGCAACAACCAACAGUUUAAAGAUUCCCGAUUUCCAAAUUCGAAGAUUUGAAGAGACUGAGGUUGUGGUGUCUCACAUUGUGAGUCCGAGCAACUUCUACAUCCAGCAGGCAGACUCCCAUGAGAAGCUACAGGCCUUUGCCACAGACUGGAAAGCCAGUAGUUCAAAUGCUGAGCAGAACUGCAUUCCAGAUAUUGGAACCGUAGUAAUGGGUUGGGUCGCCGAGCGAGAACAAUGGUGCAGGAGCCAGGUGAUAAAGAUAUGUGGCGUGAGCAGAGAUGGUGCUGGGACAGAGACAUCCAUCAAGGUGGAAGUGAAAAGGUUGGACUAUGGUGACACUGCCUGUCUGUCACUGUCAAAUAUAAAGGAGCUGACCCCUGAAAUGGCUACUAUACCACUUCAGGCUGUGCAGGUUUCACUGGCUAAUGUGAUGCCUGUGAAUGGGAGAGAUUGGUCUGAGGAGGCAGUCGGCUGGUUCAAAGCGACUGUACACAACAGGACCCUCUAUGCUAGGCUGUACCCACAGGAAGGCAAAGUUACAGUCGAGCUGUUCAUGGAGAAGGGAAAGCUCGGAGCCAUGAGGAGGGGUGCUUCAUUGUCUUUGAGACUGGCCCAGAAUGGACACGCCAUCCACAGCAAACUUAAGAAGACCAGUCUCAUCAAAAGAAACAGUGUUCAGCUUAAAGCCCAGAAACAGGACUCUGACUGGGAGAAGUAUCUCAUAUCAUGCUACACUCAAAGGAAGUAG